UAAUUUUUUGUUCAUCAAUCAGCAGCAGAAAGUCGAAGAUCAUCCGCCUUUAGAGAGCAGUGAAAUAGAAUUUGUUGGUCUCCGGUGAAUAUUGUCAGAAAAAAACAUUCGAUUUCACAAACUACUCUUAAAAUAAAUUGUGUUGAGUAGUUUUCUCUGUGUUUACUGUUUUGAAAAUAAAUUAAUCUCGUGUGCAAUCAUCCCUAUCGUGAAAAUGUCGCAUCAAACCGGAAUAAAAGCAAACUUGGAGCUGCUCAAGUUCUUUGGAAAAUGCAAGGACGGAAGAACACGAGUGCUGAAAGUUUCCAUUGAAAACGAGGAACUAACGCUAGUCGACCAUAAAAAUGUGAAGAAAGACUGGGAAAAGGAUUUUGAUGCUCUGGUGAAACCACUUGUGGAGGAUGAUGUCCCCUGUUACAUUCUGUACCGUCUCGAUUAUAAGAUUCCUACCGGAUACGCUUGGAUGCUUUUGAGCUGGGUACCGGAAAGUGCCACGGUACGGCAAAAGAUGCUUUACGCUUCUACAAAAGCUACUCUGAAACUGGAAUUCGGAUCGGGUCACAUCAAGGAAGAAUUGAACGCAACCAGCAAGGAUGAGACGACACUACACGGCUAUCAAAAGCAUAAAAUUGAUUUCAGUUCACCGGCUCCGCUAACCAGUCGUGAAGAAGAACUAGCUGAGCUACGUAAAAAUGAAGUAAAAACGGAAUUCGCUAUCGACACCAAACAGCAAACGCUUGGAGGCAUCAAUUGUCCUAUUUCGGAUGCUACUGAACAGGCAUUGAAUGACAUGCGAAGAGGAGCUUACAACUACCUACAAUUUCGUAUCGAUUUGGAGGAAGAAAAAAUUCAUCUGGUCAAUGCAGCCAACAUCGAUCUCUUGAAACUGCCGUCACAGAUUCCGACUGAUCACGCGCGGUAUCAUCUGUAUCUUUUCAAACAUCAGCACGAGGGUAUCCACCUGGACAGUAUGGUAUUCAUUUACUCGAUGCCCGGGUACAGCUGUUCGAUCCGCGAGCGGAUGAUGUAUUCCAGCUGUAAAGGACCGUUUUCCGCUACCAUUGAAAAACACGGCAUCGAUAUCGCCAAAAAACUCGAAAUCGACAGCGGUACCGAACUGACCGAAGAAUUCCUCUAUGAAGAAAUUCAUCCAAGAAAGCUCAAUUUACGACCGCAAUUUUCCAAACCGAAGGGACCUCCGAGCCGAGGUGCAAAAAGACUGACCAAACCGCAGGCGGUUGAGUAAAUUUAUUACCCAUGAACCACCGUCCAGCUGGCCGGGAAGUACAUUUUGCAAAAUACCUUGAUGCAAUUAGUUCAUGUAUUUUUCUUGUUCCUUUUUAUGUCCUUACCUUAAAUUUCGAAUUAAGCAACUUUGUUGCCCGAUGUUGGUUGCACUAUGUGCUUCACUACUAACAGAAAAUGCACAACAUAUUCGUUGAAACCUGAAUUGAAAUCGUUCAAAAUUUACAGUUGUAGUAUUGUUUAUUUCCAUUUGUGACGCAAAAACGCUCAACAAACUAUUACAGAACUUGGUUUGGUAAAAAUAAUGUGAUUUCGAUCUCGAAUGCAAUUCGCAACAUUGUAAAUAAAAUCGACAGAGAUGCUUUUUAGUCCCAUAGAAUACGAGUAACGAAUGUAUUGCAAUCCUAAUCCGACGUUGUCUACAAGAGAUUACGAGGCUGAUCAGUUUGGUGAGGUGAAUCGUAAUGGAAACACACUAUGAAAAGCAUUUGAACCCAACAACGGGAAGGGAAAAAAACAUCAAUGGACUGUCCAACUACGCAGCAAAACGUAUAUAUGUUAUACAGCCACAAGACAGAUUAAAAUAUAACUGCGAUUUCAAUGUUCAACCGCGGUUAUUCGGUUGGAAGAAGGAUUUUAAUUAGACGUUUAGAGUAAAAACAUUUUUCAUGUAGUGAAACAACUUAGCAUUGUAUAUGCUAAUGCAAAAAAAAAAUAGAACAGAAUAGAAUACACAUAUUUCUUGUAUACUUUAUACAGUCAAAUAAAAGUGCUAUUUAUUGAAAAUUGUA